CAUAGGUGGAGGAGUUUAAAUGUAAAAACUCUGGAAUUGUUACUGCAAGUGGGGGAUGAACGGUAAUUGAUGUACCAGAGGGAUUCUUAAGGAGUAAAAAGAAAAUCUGAAAGAACUGGAAAAAGGCUUUGAUCAGCAAAGAAAGGUUCAUCUUGGAAGUAAGGAAGCGUAGGGACACAUUAAUUAUUGUGGAAGAAAGCUGAAAGUUACCUAAAGGAAAUUAAAAACAGUAUCUUCCCUUCUGAUGUGAAUGCAAGAGACAUCAAGGGAAGAAGUGGAGGUGUGCUGUACAUGUGUAGUUGGAACCGUGAGAACCUAAACAAUAACUUUCCUUUAGCUUGCAAUAGUAAGGAGGAGGGUGACCUAACUGUAGCCAGGGAAGAAGGGGGGGAAAAAAAAGUGAAAGCAAUAUAAUUCUAUUACUCUGGCCUCAGCAGUGUGCAAGGCUGCAGAGUGGGAUUUGACUGGAAAAAAGGAAAAUGAAGAAAAUGUACUGUGGGAUUACCGAAGCAUUGUCAGGCUGAGCAGACAAGAGUUUUUGAAGAGGGGGGUCUUAACAGUUUGGGUUUUUUGUUUGUUUGUUUGUAUUUGAGUUAUCUGUAGUCAUCCUGAACUUUAAUGAAGCAACUGAUGUACUGCUGCAUGGGAAAUGGUUAUUCAGUUAAAGGAGGAGAUUGGUACAACAAUGUCAAGGAAGGUUGGGCUGAAAGGCUAGAAUGAGGUGGGAGAGGCUACUAGUUAUUAUACUUCUUGAAAAAUCAACUACUUCUGCAACUGAAUCAGACUCUAGGGUCUAUUGACUGUCAUGGGAUAUUUCUUUCAAAAUAUAAUGGCUCAGCACUCCAGCCCUUGUCCAUACCAUUAAAACUUGCCUGUGAUGCUGCUGCAGUCACUGGCUCCUGCCUAUAAUGCUACUCAGCAGUAGAUGCCAAAGCAGUUUACAAAAUGAUAUUGUUACCCUUGUUGUAGAUAGGGAGAAACUGAAGCAUAGAAAGAGGAGGGUGAGAGACAGAGCUGGAAAUCAAGCACAACAAUGAGUCUCAGUAGGGGACUCUAAAGUGUGAUAGUAUAGUGUAACAGAUUGUGGCCCUCUUGUAGGGGUCAGGUAAAUACCUAAAUCAGAAGGUAACUAGUGAUAGCAACUCUUACCUGGAAAAAAGUAACAGAGACAGCUCAGCAGUUUUUGUUAAGUGUAAAUAUUUCAAAAAGUUAUGUAUUUUAAAACUAGUCUAUCUGGAAUUUAUGAAGGCAUACACAGGCAUCCAUAAAACAUAGACUUCCUUGGAGAACAAUAAUUGAAAAAUAUAUAAACUUUCUACAAUGGGCAGUGUAACAUUUUAUGGAUUUUUUUUUCCGGUCAACCUCAGCGUGGUCCGUUUAUGCUUUCUAAGACAGAAUGAGAGUUACAGAAGCAGUAAGCCAUUUUCUAGCUCACAUUUUUUGCUUACCAUUUACAUUUCAAAUUUUUCUCUCUCAAGAAGAGUACAGAAACAAAAUCUCAUGAGUCUGUCUUUGUUUAAGAAAUGUACAUAAUUUGUAUUAUUGUUAAGAUGGCUUGUAGUAAUUAAAAUUUGGCUAUGCUUCAUAAUACAGUGGCACUGCCAAGUCAAGCCCAUUGGCACGGUGCCAGCAGCUCAGCAGAUGGGUGUUAAGAUAGGUUCAUGUACACAGUGUUGUGGUUAUAAAAUACAGAAUCAUAAUCUUCAUUAGGGCUCUGUAAUUGUUAGGAAGUGAAGACUAUGACUUAUAGCCAGCAGUAAUGCAGAUUUUAAAAUCAAGCAUUUUUCGUUUUCCUCUUUCAAAGCAAUAAAAAGUCAUUUUUAUGUGCUUGCAUUGGCAUUAAUAUGCCAUGCUGCGCAAAUGCAGUGUGGUAACCUUGCACUGCCACAGGCAAUACCUAUAGUAAUAAUAGGUGCACUGAUCAUAGGAUCUUAUAAUACCUUUAUUUGUUCCAAAGGGUCCUGAAGCACAAAGAAUGCACACAGCAUCAUGAGAAGGCAAGGUAAUGAAAGCAAUUCCGUUUUUCAUGUGCAAUGAAACACCUACCCUUUGCCCUUUGUAAUGAGAAAGAUGAAGGAAACAAACUCAUUUUAAAGCUGUAUUCGAUUACUGAAAGCUGUGGAAGCACUAGAGGUUUGCCUUUGUGCUCCCUGUGUUUGAAGAAUUAGGACCUCAGUUAAAGAAUUGCAAAUCAAAACUGAUCAAGAAAAGUUAUUAUAGCAAAGGAGCAAGGAGGGUGGAAGAAGUAGGGUUUUUGAAAGCCUUGUAGGCUUGUUAGUAGUCAGGAGGCUCUAAUUUUCAGCAGAUGCUAGUGGUGAAUCACACAGAAGCGAUGAGACCAGCACUGGCAUACAGAUGUGAGGAAAAACCGUUGGUGAAAUUGGGGAGGCAAGUGAAAGAGCAGGAGAGAACAGCUUUGUAGAUAUUGAUGGAAAUGAACUCAAAGUAUGGAUGGAGAUUAUGCUUCAAUAAACAUAGGAAUCACUUGACCUACUGCUGAAACGCGGAUAUUUUUAGUGUCAGAUACUGUAGUGGUAUAAAGACAGAAUGCAAAGAAAAGUGCUGUGUGUGGCGCAACUGUGAGGUGAAAUACAGGUAUAGUUGUCCCCAUUCUUGCAAAAAACACCCAAACUUUUAAAUAAAUGAAUGUAUAAAUGCCUGUCUUUCAUAUCCCCCAUCCUGUUCUUUCAGUGAAUUAAUUUAGUACUGAUUUAGAGGAGGAUUGCCUAUACCACAUCUUCAUUAUCUGGAUUUUCUCUUUCAAGUCUACUGCCCACAAUUUAAUAGCUAAUGUUUCCACUUCAAUUUGUGUUUUACUGUAAGUCAACCCUUUUAAGUGCUGUAGCAGGAUUAGAUGAGCGUUUUAGUAAGAGUAGUACAUUCAGUCAACUCCAUUUUUUUCUGUUUCAUGUGUUUCCUGUGAACGUCCUUGGAAGAGUAAGAGGAUUUGAAAGCUAUGUUCUGGAGAAACUUGCAUAGUUUCUGUUGCACAGAACAAUGCUGAAAUUUCAAGAAACUGCUAAGCAUGUCACUGUUGCCAGAUCUAAUUCUGCUUGCUCAGAUGCUACGUAUGCAAGAAGAUAUGCAAUUCAGAGGAAACUCGGCAAUGGAAGCUUUGGAAGCGUUUAUCUGGUUUUUGACAAGAAAGCAAAACAAGGAGAAGAAUUAAAGGUUCUGAAGGAAAUCUCUGUUGGAAAUCUAAAACCAAAUGAAACAGUUGAAGCAAAUCUAGAGGCACAACUGCUCUCCAAAUUAGACCAUCCAGCCAUUGUCAAAUUUUAUGCAAGCUUUGUGGAGCAAGAUAGUUUCUGCAUUAUCACUGAAUAUUGUGAGGGUGGAGAUCUAGACUUUAAAAUACAAGAGUACAAAGAGUCUGGGAAAAUAUUCACUCAACGACAAAUAACAGAAUGGUUUAUACAGUUGUUACUCGGAGUCAACUAUAUGCAUGAAAGAAGAAUACUUCACAGAGAUUUGAAGGCAAAGAAUAUAUUUUUGAAAAAUAAUUUUCUUAAAAUUGGGGACUUUGGAGUUUCUUGUCUUUUGAUGGGGUCAUGUGAUCUUGCGACUACGUUUACUGGAACACCGUACUACAUGAGCCCAGAGGCACUGAAGCACCAGGGAUACAACACAAAAUCUGACAUUUGGUCUCUGGGAUGCAUUUUAUAUGAGAUGUGCUGUAUGAACCAUGCAUUUAGUGGCCACAAUUUUUUGUCCGUAGUGUUAAAAAUUGUAGAAGGUGAUACACCUUCUCUUCCUGAUAGCUAUCCAAGCAAACUGAAUGCUGUGCUGAACAGCAUGCUAAAUAAGAAUCCUACACAGAGACCAGCAGCAGCAGAGAUUCUAAAAAUGCCUUAUAUUGAUGAACAACUAAAGAAUAUACAAUACAAACUCAUGCAUAUGCCGGUGGAAAAUGAAGCAUUUCUCUGGCAGAAAGAAGCAGCUCACAUUGUUGAUGCUGUGCAGAGGAAGGUUCAUUUGCAAACUCUGCGGGAGCGUUCUGAGGUGCAGAAGAUGACACCGCGGGAACGAAUGAGGCUGAGGAAGUUAAAUGCUGCAGAUGAGAAAGCAAGGAAGUUGAAACAGCUGGCAGAAGAAAAAUAUCAAGAAAAUAUCAAAAGAAUGCAAGAGUUCAGGUCUCGUAAUUUUCAGCAGUUGAAUGUCAAUGUCCUACAUGGAUCUGAUGAACAGACUUCAACCCUCCUAAUUCGUUCUCAGCCAGUCAUUACACGGGACUAUGUGUCCAUAGGACAUGAUGAAGCAAGUGGAAAUGACACAUCAGGUCAGCUCUGUAUGUCUGAACCUAUGGAGCAUGAGAUCCCUGAAGACCCACAAAUUGCAGAAGAAUAUUAUAAUGAUGAGUUUGAAUCCUGUUCAGAAAGCAGUGAAGAAGAGGAGAAUGUGGAAGCAUCACAGACUGUCUCUAAGACAAAUCACCAGGACAGUGAUAUUGAGGCAAUGGUUGAGUACUUGGAGAGCGUCCUGAAUAAUAGCUCCUUGGGCUCUGGGACCAUCAACAGAGUGGCUCCUGAAGUGCCCCAGGGAUUCAGAACUCUCAACAGCACUAUGGCUGGGACCAAGCUGAAACGCAUGAGGGAAUCUGCCAUUCAGAAGCUGGGGGAAGAAGUAUUUGAGAAAGUGUACAGCUAUCUCAAGCAAGCAAGACAGCAGAAUGCCAGCGAGGACGAGGUCAGGAGGAGCCUGGAGAAAGUGGUCUCUAGAGCAAGCGACUGCUUCGAAGUGGAUCAGCUUCUCUACUUUGAGGAACAGCUACGGGCUUCAGAAGCACGUCUUCAGUCGUAAAAUGAGUGUCAGUAACAGGUAGCACUGAAAAUGUAAGGGAAGAGUGAAAUUGCUGAACCACCUUCUUCAGGCCAGCAAGCAAAUACUUUGCCACUGAAGGUAAUAGUAGUACUUAGGCAUGUGGAUAAACUCUGAUAAUCCCAACUGUGCAGUGAGAGGUGGGCAAAUACUGUAAAGAUUACAAGGGCACAGUUGCAAAUAUUUGUGACGGCGGAGGAGAGCUUUCACAGUUCUCAGCAUCCUCUUUUCACCACUUAGGCCAUAAAGGAGGGUAUUCUUCCAGGUCUUGGCCAGGCAUCAGUCCUGCACUUGGAGAAGCCUUUGGUAAAGUUGCCUCUGAUAGAAAUGGUGCAGGAUUUGAACCUAGGUGCUAUUAAUUCCUGUGGUAAAAGUAGCUGGUCAUUAUGACAUUUAAGUACAUACUUUUUGUACUUUGGCAGACUUUUGAACCUUGAACCUCAAAUGUGUAUGUUUGACUGCUCAGCCAGAAAUUGUCUUGUUAUUGAUUGUCAAAGGGCUGCAUUUAAUCUAUGUGACUUUCAAAGGAACUGUGAAAAUACAUACAUGUGUAUUUAUACAUGUAUAUGCAUAUAUACAUGCAUAGAACUAUGUAUGUAUAUGCAUACACAGAAAGAUGUUAAGAUGUAUCAUGUGCAUGCGUGUGCAUGUGUAGAGACAGAGACAUAAGGCCUGAACUAUAGCUGACUAUGGUAACCGUGAUUCCUUGUGACUUCUGAGAGUUUUAGACCAAAUUUAGUUGAAAUAAUAAACUAAUUUUUUUGGCUUGUGCGCAGAUAUUGUUAACAUUUUAUCCCAGUAUUUAUGCUCACUUCUUAAUACGCAUCAUACUUUGAGGAUUUCAAAUGUAUAUCAUGCCCUGAUUAUACACCUUAUCUUUUCCUUCUACCUUUUCUUUCUUUUUUUCCCGGCCUUCUAAACUCCUUCAUCCAUCUGUGAAAAGCACUAAAGCAAACCAAAAUGGUACUAUCUAUCUGUAAAGGAUUCUCAAGUGAACCAUAAGCGAAAUUUAUUUUAGGCAUGUAGCCAUCAUAAUUCUUAUGUUUCCUGCUCUUGUGCUACAACUCUGA